AUGAAGUCUUCAGUUGUAAGAGCAAUUGUGUUUGCUUCAUUUCUAUUGCAGACUGUAUUUUCUACAUGGAAAACUAACUUAGAUAUCUAUAAUACUACUACAAAAAGUAUUACUGACUUUGAAGGCAGUUACGGUAUUGAUUGGCAGGCUAAUAUAACUGUUCAUAAACAUGCAACUUUUAUAUUUAAUUCUUACGACUUUCAUCUGAAUGCUGGUACUGUGUUUAAAAAUGAGGGUGUAUUUUAUGCUCAUAAUAUAGGAGCUUAUCCCACGUACGCUAAAAAUUAUAAUUCCGGUCUGAGUUUUAAACUUAAUGAAGGAAUUCAAAAAGGUGGUUUCCUUAAUUAUGGUUAUUUUAUGUAUAAUGAUAACAAUACUAUCUGUAGUCCACCUACUUAUACUAUUCAUGGUAAUUUCUUUUAUAAUGAAGGAACUUAUAUUAUGGCUGGUUGUCAAAUGUGUGAUGGAUCUACAAAUAUAAUUAAGCCAUCAGGACCUAACUCAUAUUUCAUCAAUAAAGGUGUCCUUGCAUAUAUGCAAUAUUUUAUGACUACUGGUGAUGCACCAAGUACAUAUUGGGGUUCUGAUUCCUGUGUUACAGACGUUGCUACUGUUGUCAACAAUGGUUCACUCUGUUUGUUCAACAAUAACCCAGUAUAUCAAAAUUCCCCAUAUGCCGGAAAUGGUUGUAUUGAUAUUGGUAAUCAAAGUACAUUUGCUAUGAGAUGUCCGCAAUAUUUCGGUAUAGAUGGAGUCUUACAAACAUUUCUUCUUAGUACAAAUACUUCUGUGUUGUAUUUUGGAAAUGCCGAGGACUCUGGUAAAAAACCCAUAGUUCCAUACAUCGUAAGUGGUUGGGGAAAUAACAAUCAAAUUACUAUCAACACAUGUUGUCCAACUUGGACUUACGAUGGUAACACUUUAAGUAUUACUACUAAUGGGGGAACAAAUACAUUUAAGUUUAUCAUUGGCCCUGGGUACGACCCUUCUUUGAUAAGUUGGAGUAAUGGGAGAUCUUGUAAUAAUCUAGGGUCAUCUGGUGCUCGUUUUGUAUACAAUGCUCCUCCUCCAGAUAGUUCAAGGCCAAGCGUGUGUUUACCAUGUCCAACAUUUAUACCGGGAUUAUAUGAUAUAUUACAAGACCAACCUGAUUAUACGACAACUUUCACAACUACAAAAUCAGAUGGUUCAGUAGAAACUGACUCUGGAGUAGUCCACGUAACAAAUACCGACGGAACUAUCACUACAACUACUUCCUUAUUCCCAAAUGAAUAUACUACUACAUUCACCACC